AUGUUCUCCCGACCGAUUCCGGCCACGGCGGCCAAUCUCAUUGAGACUAGCCAACUGCGCAGGAGAUAUUAUAGUGCACAAGUGCACGCGCAGACACAACGUGCACUCUCUAUUCCUGUCACUCUCAUACUCCGGUGGGAGGACUGCUCGACACGACCAGUGAGAGUUAGGCGCAGGACCGACGGCUUUACGUGCUCUCCGAGGCACGGGGGUGAAACACCGCCAACUUCCCAACUCCGGGCUAUUACUGAGGCUUACUAUACAGAAAGACUCAGUAAC